GUGAGGCAAACAUCAUCACCGAGGGGGAUUUUCUGCCGCUUACAGCGUGAGAGCACAAACCCGGCCUGCACAAGCAUAUGUAACUUAGUCUGAAAAUACAUGACUGCAGUCAGGAGGUGUUGUUUACAGUUUUGAUAAUGGAUUGGAGCACACAGCAGUUGUUUUACACUAUAAUAUUCCUACUUUCCGGAGAAAGCGCAGUUGAUUUAGGUGUGUAUCAGCUGUACACAGGAGAUGACACGUUUACUAUCCAGCACAAUAGCAAUGGGAAGUGCCUCCUGGUCCAGGAUGGAGCAUUGAAGUUGGGAGACUGUUUGUCAGUGCCGGCCGUGUCGUGGAAGUGGGGUUCGGCCCACAGGCUGUUCCACGUAGAAUCGUCCAUGUGUCUGGGUCUGGAGGUGCGCUCCAAAGGGGUGACCCUGUUCAGCUGCGACUCCAAUGAGAUUCUGCACUGGAAGUGCUACGAGGACAUCAUCUACACAGAAUACCAAAUGAAACUCAGCGUUGGGACUAACAACUCUGUCUCUGCCAAGAGGGACGGACAGGACACUUGGAAAAGAGGAGGGAGCUCGGAUAACAUCUGUCAGCAGCCGUAUCGAAGAAUGCACACAAGCGGGGGGAAUUCUAACGGGGCACCCUGUGAGUUCCCCUUUCUCUAUAAUGGAACCUGGCACCACAACUGUCUGCCUGGCACUGAAGACAAGACACUGGACUGGUGCUCCACCACAGCAAACUAUGAUCAAGACAAGAAGUGGGGGAAUUGUCUGAAGUAUGUGGAGGGAUGUUCUACUUUAUGGGAGAAAGACCCAGUGAAAGGACGCUGCUAUCAGGUCGUAUCCACAGCGGUGGUGACCUGGCACGAGGCGCGGGAUGCCUGUCGUAGUCAAGGAGGAGAUCUGCUCAGUGUCUCUAGCCCUCAAGAGCUUGAGUUCUUUAAAGAUCGAAAAGACUUGCCAAGUAAGCUGUGGAUCGGCUUGAACCAUCUGGACUGGAUGCAGGGUUGGCAGUUGGCAGAUGGAUCAGCUUUAUCUUUUGCCCCUUGGGAAACAGGCAUGCCAAUCAGAUCCCUUAUGUCGGAUGAGGACUGUGGGGUUCUAAAGGAGCUGCUGCGUUUCGGCGUAGAGACGUGUGAACAUCGGCUUCCAUUCAUCUGCAUGAAGAAUGACAAAGGCAGUGAGAGUACAGCAGUCAGGGAGGUAUAUAAGCCCACGGAGUGUGAUGAUGGUUGGAUUGGGUGGAAAGGAUUUUGUUAUAAACUCGAAAGUGGAACAGAGGAAAAACUGUCCCAGCAUGAUGCUCAGAAUGUGUGUCAUUUGGCUGACUCUCAGCUUGCCAGCAUCCACAGUUUAGACGAUAUUGAAAUGCUACACACAAAUUUUCACUCAGAUCUGAAAACAGAAGUAUGGAUUGGUCUUUUGGGUGAUGGAACCACCUCAGUUUAUAAAUGGGUCGAUAAAGUACCAGUGUCUUUCACAUACUGGGCCAGAGCUCAACCUCCACCACUUCUACCAAAUGCCACCCACUGUGUGUACUAUGCAGGAGAGCAUCAUACGUGGUCUGUGUCUGACUGUGACAACCCGAGGGCUUACAUGUGUAAGAAGAAGGGGAUUGUGAAUGAGAGUGCCCCAGAGGAAGGCUGCCCUCCAGACGGGAACUGGAAGAGACAUGGCGACGCUUGCUAUAAAGUGAACACUGAGCUGGUGUUCUAUAAAAACAGCUGCCACAUCACCAUUAAUAACAAAUUUGAACAGGCCUUCAUUAACAGUCUUCUGAAAGAGCUUAUCAGCACUGAGGUGUUGUAUUUCUGGACGGGGCUACAGGACACUAAAGGGUCCAGGGAGUACCAGUGGAUCGGUCAGGAUGGGACAGCAGACCAGGUCGCCUACACCAACUGGAAAGGGCUAGAACCCGCUUUCCCUGGUGGCUGUGUGGUGAUGUCUACCGGGCAUCCUUUGGGCCAAUGGGCUGUUAAGAACUGCACUCUGUUCAAAGCUGGCAAUAUCUGUAAGAAACCUAUUAAAUCAAUGGUCCAACCCACCCCAGAUCCAAUUGUGCCCAAUACCAAUGCUUCCUGUGCAACCGGUUGGGUCUCGAGAGAAGGCCUAAAAUACUGUUACAAGGUGUUUCACGGGGAGCGUUUGACCAGAAAGCGCUCGUGGGAAGAGGCGGAACGUUUCUGUGAGGAACUAGGGGGUCAUUUGCCCAGCUUCACUGAGGCUAAAGAUAUGCAAAUGUUACAUUCCAUCCUGAGAGACUCUAUCAGUGAUGAACGUUUUUUCUGGGUGGGACUUAAUCGCCGAAAUCCAAAUAACAACAACAACUGGGAGUGGAGUGACGGGCGUCCGGUCUCCGUGAUGAUCUUUCCUGAUGAAUUCAAUGAAGAUGACGCCUAUAAUAGGGAUUGCGUUGCGUUUAAGACUUUGAAAGGAACCCACAAGCCGUUUCUCUUCCUCCUGUUUCAUAAAGUUCCUCCACGGGCUUUUUAUCCCAGCACCUUUCACUGCGAUGCCAAACUGGAGUGGGUGUGUCAGAUACCACGAGGUCACACACCAAAAACACCAGAGUGGUACAACCCAGAUGGGCACCAUGACACAUCAGUGUUUAUAGACGGCCAGGAGUUCUGGUUUGUAACAGAGCCAAAGUUGCCCUUUGAGGAGGCUGUCUUGUACUGCAGCAGCAACAGCAGCAAACUCGCCGCACCCGACACACUUAGUGCCAUACACCGCCUACAGGAACAUCUUUUUGAGCAUUCAGAACAGAAGAUUGUAAAGUGGUGGGCAGACCUUCGUCACCCUGAUCCUCAUAUUCCCUUUAGGCUCAGCCCCAUGCGUUACUAUUAUUCAGCGUUUCUGGGCAGGUGCCCCUCUAUCACUCCUGUCUCAUUUGAACCCGGUUUCAGAGAAGGCAGCUGUAAUGAAAGACAGCCGUUUGUGUGCGAGACCCUGAACGUCACUUCUGCGGAGAAAGGAACCCCAAAACCGCACCCACCCGGCACCCCGUGUGGGGGAAAUUCACAUCACUUCAGAGACAAGUGCUACUGGGUUUUAUCCGACUCUUAUUACCAAAGCUUCAAAGAAGCCAGUGAGUUUUGCGAGAGACUGAAAGGCACGCUGCUCACCAUAUCUGACCAAGUUGAACAGGAUUUCAUCACUACACUGUUACCGGAGUUACCCGGACAGCCUCAGAAAGUCUGGAUUGGCCUAAAGAUCUAUCUUCAUGACAUUCAGUGGGUGGACAACUCGCCUCUUGAAUAUCUGAACUUCAAUCCUCUCCUGCAUGGCCAGAUACGACCCAUAUUCAUCAAUUCGUUUGAACGGGACACCAUGGAGAUCUGUGCCUACAUGUAUAAUAAUGAUCAUUCUGACUUGAUGGGCACCUGGGACUUCACCUCCUGCUCUGACCGUCAGAAUGUCAGCAUCUGCCAGCAUUAUGCAGAUAAACCAGAGGGACCUGAUCAUAAGGAUAAUUUCACGGUUCAUAGUCAUACAUUUAAGGUGGUACAGCAAGACAAUUUAACAUGGAUAGAGGCUCUUCAGUUAUGCCAGAGCUACAAUAUGGACUUAGCCAGCAUACCUGAUGCAUAUGUGCAAGCAGUGCUCACAGUUGAAGUUUCUCGAAGACGACAACCCCUCUGGAUUGGACUCUUCAGUGAAGACGAAGGGGAGCACUUCCACUGGACAGACCACAGCCACGCUGAGUUCAGCCGCUGGACCUCUGAAGCCACCAAAGGGGCCUGUGUGUAUCUGGACACUGAUGGUUUCUGGAAGGCAACCGAGUGUGAUGAAGAGCUUUCAGGAGCAAUCUGCCACAUCCCACACAAUAAGACCGUCACACCUGAAGUAGAUUCGUUCAAAUGUCCUCACAAAAGCAAUGGACAGAACUGGAUCCGCUUUAAAAAGAACUGCUACACGUUACUGCUGAGGGCCUCCAGGUGGGGCAACGAUGAAAUCAAUGAGCAGCCGAUCUGCAAGUCACUUGCUGGGUUUGGAGAAAUCCUGACUAUCCGUGAUGAGGAAGAGAAUGAUUUCAUCAGACAGCAGUUGCAGCCAUUCAAAAACUUGGUGAUGUUUGUGUGGCUGGGAAUGAACAAAAACAAGACAGAUGAGCAGCUGAAGUGGCUAGAUGGCAGCAAUGUGCAGUUCUCUAACUGGAAAUCCGGUCAAAGACCAAACAUCACGGAGCCCUUUAUGGUUGGCCUCAACUUAAAUGGAGAGUGGGAAAUAAUAACAAAUCAACGUUUUUUCAAUACCUUCAGACAGCAGAGUAUCGUGGUGUGCAAGAAUGAAAAUGUCUCCAAAGAUGAAUUCAUGAAGGGUGUGGUUGACGUUAAUACUCCGGAUGGCAUAAGUUACCGUCGGGUGGCCAAGAGAAUGGACUGGUAUCAGGCAAUGCAAGAGUGUGGCAGCAACGGAGGCCAUCUUGCCAGCAUUCCUGACAAAACCACUAACGACAACAUGGCACUGAUCGCCAAAAGAGACGGCUUUUCACUGUGGAUCGGCCUCUCCAAACAAGACGUAAGCGGAUGGCCAUUUGAGUGGUCAGAUGGGAGUGCGGUAAAAUUCACACCAGAUGGAUUUAUCAAUGACGGCCGUGAUUCUGAGGAAAAGUGUGUGUUUGUGGACUCCAAGGGCACCUGGACGGCCAUCAACUGUCAUGUAGCCCAAGAAGGGGCCAUCUGUUACAACCACAUCAAUGAGAAAACUAGUGCACAUCUCUCUUCUCAGUCCAGCAGCAGUUGUCCCAAGAAUGAUGAUCACUUUUCGUGGGUCCUGUUUAAAGAUCACUGUUAUGCUUUCAACAUGUACAACUACUCUGUAUUUACCAUGGAGAGUGCCAAGAACAUGUGUCAGAAUCUGGAUUCAUCCUCCAAGCUGUUAACCAUCAAGAAUAAAGAGGAGAAUGAUUUUGUCUCUGACUACGUGAAUAAGAACCCUUCCAUCACAAGCCGAGUGUGGCUGGCGCUCAACGUUAGCGCCAAAGGUAAGCCCACAGGUUGGCAUGACGGCAGCGAACUGGACUUCUCUAGCUGGGAUGCAAAAUCAAGGCCAGAGUUAUCACAGGAGACGUCGCAGGUCUGCGCAGUCAUGGUGUCCAGCAGCGGCACCUGGACUUACACGAGCUGUUCGAAUAGCCGCAGCCGAAUUGUCUGCAAAGCACCUGCCCAUCCAGGUAGCCCCGUGGCUUUGGUCUUCUUCAUCAUUGUCUUCAUCUGCAUCGUCGUGACUGUCUCCUUCAUCUUGUACCAGAAAAACAAGCAUCGCUUCCAUUCGACAGUACGUUACCAGCGCAACUUUGAUGACGCAGACAGUGCGAGUAUGAUCAAUGAUGCAGAAUAACAGCUCUGCUGAAUGAAGUCAAAUGAAACGGUAGCCAUAAUGUGCCUUUUACUCUGAACACUCCUCUAUGCCAUCAACAGAAACACCUGCUUCAGUGGUUCAAACUAAGGGUAUUUAUUGUUUUUCACCCCGGACAUCUUGACCGUUUGUGUAAAAUUAAAUAGGAGUGAUAUUAUUUGAAGGCUUUUAAUGUUUAAAUUAAAAUGUCUUAAAUGUCUGUGUAUAUUUUAAUGGGAGGACUGUAGGUACUUACCGUACUACAAAAAUUUGACUGUGUUACUUUGGCUUCUCUUGAUAUUAUGUUAUCGGAUCAGGGUUUUUCACUCCUCUUGAGCAGCACUGAAUAUUAACCUACGCAUAGAGCUGGGAAGGUUUUAAGAAUGUAUGUGAAGCGUGAAGCAUCCCAAAACUGUGUUAUUUCAUUUUAAAUAAUUUAUUUUGGUGGUUUUUUCCUUUUCUUUUUUUUUUUCCUAAUUUGAUUUCUGAAUGCCGCUCUUUGAAAUUUUAAUAGAUUUAUUAUAGAACAUUCCUUUCAAAGUUGCCGAAAUGGUGCUUUUCCACAGUGUUUUAUUUUCCUGUUUAUGUAUCAUGUACUUCUCCUGGCAUUAUGGCAUUGUUUGCCUUCAUUACAGUAAUAUCCAACAGCUUACGGUAACAUGGUAAACACAGUGCACUGAGUGCUGUAUAAGAUGUUAAUGAUAAAAUGAUAGUGGGCACAGUCAGAGAUGAUAUCUGUGCACUCAUAUGCUUAAUUCGCUCAAACUACUGAGAUCUGAUGCACUUUAAUUAGCUGUUUGAAUCUAGGCACAAAUUACACCAUUUUAGUUAAGGAUUUAGUACAUGCUUUGUAAAUAUUUUAUUAUAUUUUUUUCUUGUUGCUGUUGAUUGUUUGUUUUUAUUUUUUUCAAUCUACACCAAAGAUGCUUUGGGAUUUGAAGGUAAUAUAUUGCAAACCCAAAAAUGUUCACUAAAGACAAUGCUGCUUUUGAAAAAAAAAAU